AUGCAUCAGCGUAACCAUGCAGCUGACCUUUCUUAUACCUGUAAGGACUGUGACAUAGCCCGUGCCGGAGCCACUGGUGGCAGUGGCAAACCAUACUCCUGCAUAGACUGUGGUCGCCGCUUCUCCUGGCUCAUAGCUUUACAUAGUCACCAUGAAGAACAACACACGGGUCAAAGAGGUUACCAGUGUAAAGAGUGUGGCAAGCAACUUCCUAGUCAGCCAACCUUCCGCAGACAUCAGCAAGGUCAUCGCAAAGACAGAGCAUGUGUUUGGUGUGGGAAAACAUUUAACUGCUCAGCCAAACUAUCACGACAUGUACGUAUCCAUACCGGCGAGAAGCCAUAUCAAUGUCCGGAAUGUCCAAAGGCUUUCACACAACUAGAGACUCUACGUGUCCAUCAGUGGGUGCACCAGGACAAGAAACCUUAUGAGUGUGAAGACUGUGGGCGGAGGUUUCGCGCCCAACGAACCUUUGAGAAACAUUGUAAAUUGCACAUGUCACGUAAGCACCAUGCAUGCCCAAUCUGUGGCAAGACUUUCUUUUUCUCCUCUCGAUACAAACGCCACCUACGCAUCCACACUGGUGAGAGACCUUUCCAAUGCCAGCAAUGUGGCAAGAGCUUUAACCAGCGCUCCAAUUACCAGCGCCAUAGACAGAUCCAUGCCGGGAAAAGGCCCUUUCAAUGUAGCUUGUGUGAAAAAAGCUUCAGCCAAGCCUCUAAUUACCGUCGCCAUUUGGAGACGCACCAAAGAGAAGGAAUAAUGUGGGAGGAAGUAGAAGAUGAAGAGGGAGACUACACGUGUACAGAAUGCGGAGUACAAUUCACCCAGGAGAAAGUAUUGCACAGACAUUACAUUCAGCACGCCAGGGGGGAACUGUGA